AGGCUGGAGGGAGCAGCGCGGGCCGGUGUUCUGGGGCGGGAGAGGCCAGGAGCGGGGUGGGUGUGCGGUGCUGUGCGGAGCACCAGCAGCAGGUGCAGCGGGUGCGGCCCCGGGACGGUUCCCGCUCCUCUUAGCUGUCCCCCCCGCCUGCGCAGCCGAGCCGCGAGUGGCUGUGGAGCGCCCAGCGCGAGGUGCAUCUGUGUGGCAGCUCAGAAUGAUGGAUCAAGCCAGAUCUGCAUUCUCUAACUUGUUUGGUGGAGAACCAUUGUCGUAUACUCGCUUUAGCCUGGCUCGACAAGUAGAUGGAGAUAACAGUCAUGUGGAAAUGAAACUAGCUGUAGAUGAAGAAGAAAAUGCUGACAGUAACAUGAGGGCCAAUGCCAAAAAACCAAAAAGGUUUAAUGGAAGAAUCUGCUAUGGGACUAUUGCUGUAAUCAUCUUUUUCUUAAUUGGCUUUAUGAUCGGCUACCUGGGCUAUUGUAAACGUGUAGAACGAAAAGAAGAGUGUGAAAGACUGACAGGAAUGGAAGCAGACGAAUCAGAAAACUCGCAGACAGAAGAAUCUGACUUUUCUAGACUUCCUUCUCGCUUAUAUUGGGCAGACCUCAAAGCAAUGUUGUCAGAGAAACUGAAUGACAUAGACUUCACCAAGACCAUCAAGCAACUGAACCAGAAUAUUUAUGUCCCUCGUGAAGCUGGAUCUCAAAAAGAUGAAAAUCUUGCCUAUUUUAUUGAAAAUCAAUUCAAUGCAUUUAAACUCAGCAAAGUCUGGCGUGAUGAACAUUAUGUUAAGAUUCAAGUCAAAGGAAGCACUGCUCAAAACUCGGUGACUAUAUUGGAUUCAAAAGGGACCAUGGUUUACCUGGUGGAGCAUCCUGAAGGUUACGUGGCAUAUAGUAAAGCUGCAGAAGUUACAGGCAAAUUGAUCCAUGCUAAUUUUGGCACUAAAAAAGACUUUGAAGACUUAAGCAUUCCUGUGAAUGGAUCUUUAGUGAUUGUUAGAGCAGGAAAAAUCCCUAUUGCAGAAAAGGUUGCAAAUGCUCAAAGCUUUAAUGCAAUUGGUGUCUUGAUAUACCUGGACCAGGCUAAAUUCCCCAUUGCUAAAGCAGACCUUUCAUUCUUUGGACAUGCUCAUCUAGGAACUGGUGACCCUUACACACCUGGAUUCCCUUCAUUCAAUCAUACUCAGUUUCCACCAUCGCAGUCAUCAGGAUUACCUAAUAUACCUGUCCAAACAAUUUCCAGAAAGGCUGCAGAAACACUAUUCAAAAACAUGGUAGGAGAGUGCCCUCGUAGCUGGAACACAGACUCUUCGUGUAGGCUUCAGUCCACAGAGAAUGGAAAUGUGAAGCUUGCUGUGAAUAAUGUGCUAAAAGAGAUAAGAAUACUUAACAUAUUUGGAGUUAUUAAAGGCUUUGAGGAACCAGACCGGUAUAUUGUCGUAGGAGCCCAGAGAGAUUCUUGGGGUCCUGGAGCUGUAAAAUCUAGUGUGGGAACAGGUCUUCUGUUGGAACUUGCCCGGACAUUCUCAGAUAUGGUCUCAAAAGGUGGGUUUAGACUCAGCAGAAGCAUUAUCUUUGCAAGCUGGAGUGCAGGAGAUUUUGGAGCUGUUGGUGCCACUGAAUGGCUGGAGGGAUACCUGACCUCUUUGCAUUUAAAAGCUUUCACUUACAUCAAUCUGGAUAAAGUUGUUCUUGGUACCAGCAACUUCAAGGUUUCUGCUAGCCCACUAUUAUAUACACUUAUUGAGAAGACAAUGCAAGAUGUGAAGCACCCACUUGAUGGGCAGCCUCUGUAUCGGGACAGCAACUGGAACAACAAAGUUGAGAAACUUUCUCUUGAUGAUGCUGCUUUCCCUUUUCUUGCACAUUCUGGAAUUCCAGCUGUUUCUUUCUGUUUUUGUGAGGACUCGGAUUAUCCUUACUUGAGUACUGCCUUGGAUACCUAUGACAUAUUGAUUCAGAAAAUUCCUCAGCUGAACAAAAUAGUACGUGCAGCAGCAGAAGUGGCUGGUCAGUUCAUUAUUAAACUUACCCAUGAUGUUGAACUGAACCUGGACUAUGACAUGUAUAACAACAAAAUACUGUCAUUUGUGAAGGAUCUGAACCAAUUCAGAGCAGAUAUAAAGGAGAUGGGCCUGAGUCUACAGUGGCUAUAUUCUGCCCGUGGAGAUUUCUUCCGUGCUACAUCCAGACUAACAACUGAUUUCCAUAAUGCUGAGAAAACAAACAGAUUUGUCAUGAGGGAAAUCAAUGACCGUAUUAUGAAAGUGGAGUAUCACUUCCUGUCACCCUAUGUAUCUCCAAGAGAGUCUCCUUUCCGACACAUCUUCUGGGGCUCUGGCUCUCAUACUCUCUCAGCUUUAGUUGAGCAUUUGAAGUUGCGUCAGAAAAAUAAUGGUGCUUUUAAUGAAACACUGUUCAGAAACCAGUUGGCUCUAGCUACUUGGACUAUUCAGGGAGUUGCAAAUGCCCUUUCUGGUGACAUUUGGGAUAUAGACAAUGAGUUUUAACCAUGACACCCAUAACGUGUCAGGGUAGUCUGUUUCUGGACUUGUACUGAUUGUGCUGAAUUUUCAUUAGAGCUAUGAAACCUGGUUAAAAUUCUACCCAGUCAUCUUGAUACUACUAGAUGUCUUUAGGCAACAGCUUUCAAUACAGACAAAGUGUGUACCUGCACUUCAAAUUAAAGUGAAUAACCACUUUAAAUGUUCAUGAUAGGCUAUAUUCUCAGAUUAUGUUUAGAAUUUUGAGUGCUUUUUAAUGAACUGUCUCUUUGCAUCAUAGUUAUGAAAUGUCAGAACCAAUGAUAGGAACAUCACUCUAAAUCCUGAGGACAUUAGCUGGUAUCUUUUGAAUUGAGCAAGGCGUAGUGUCUGCUAAAGGGUCAAAGUGGUAGCUGGGUCUGAUUACUUCAUCUUAAUUUGAUGCUAAAUAGGUGAUCCUAGGUUGUUAAACCUUAUUCGCCAAACCAGAUAUAUGCCCUUCAUAAGGAUUUAGCUGGUUUCUAAAUGAAACAGAUAAGUUUCAAAGAUAUGUUUUCUCACUAGUGAGGCUGAAAUAGAGGUCCUUCAGCUAGGUACAAUGAAGUUCAACAGAAUAUUGCAGGAUUAAGGCCUUACUGUGUUAAUCUCAACAUUAUUUAUGAAAAGAGGAUACCAGAAGCCAAAGACAUUUUCUUUUCCUCUGACAUCUGCCCUGAUAAUUCUUUGUUUAGUUCUUUGUUUUCUUUUUUCCAAAAUAUUCUGAAAAAGAACACAUCUUAGACUCAUUUUGUCAGACUGUAAAGAACACACUGCCAAAUUUUGGUCAAAGUGUUAAUCUUUUGAGGAAGCUUUCUACCAUUUUGGCACUGAGAUAUUUAUUGUUUAUUUAUCAGUGACAGAGUUCACUAUAAAUAGUUUUUUUAUAGAAGAUAAUUAUCGGAAGCAGUGCCUUCCAUAAUUAUGACAGUUAUACUGUCGUUUUUGUUUUUUUUUUUAAAUAAAAGCAGCAUCUGCUAAUAAAACUCAACAGAUACUGGAAGUUUUGCACUUAUGGUCAAUACUUGAGGGUUUUAGGAAAAGCCACAAGCCAAAUAACACUAAGAAUUGGAAAAUAAUUAAAAUUUAAUUAAAGAUUGCUAAUUAAGUUAGACUUCUAUUUAACCAUCCAGAUAAAAAUUUUUCUAAAUUCGAUUUUGGCCAGGUUAUAAAUAAAUGUAAUUUGAGGGCUGUGGUAGUACUUAACCUGAAAAAUUUUAAGCUCAGUUUAUUUAAGAUGUAACUAAAUUCAAAUUGCAAAAUUUCCAGUACCUUUGUCACAAACCUAACUCACAUUAUCGGGAGCAGUGUCUUCCAUAAUGUAUAAAGAACAUGGUAGUUUUUGCCUACCACAGUGUCUAUAUCGGAGACAGUGAUCUCCAUAUGUUACACUACGGGUGUACGUAAUUAUCGGGAACAGUGUUUCCCAUAAUUUUCUUCAUGCAAUGACAUCUUCAAAGCUUGAAGAUCCGUUAGUAUCUAACAUGUAUUCCCAACUCCCUGUAACUCUCUUAGUUUUAGUUGCAGAAACAGUUUGUGGUCAUUAAGCACUUGGUGGGUCAGUUCAACUGCUAUAAAAUACAAUUAUGACUUCCUUCAAGGUCUUUUUUUAAUAAUAUGGGUAUCUUACUCUUUGUGGUUUCUCCAGGCAUUGUGUUUCGUGGGACAGACGCACAUACAUAUAUUAAUGUUUGCUGCUGAGUGAAUUUAACUCUGUCCCUUCAUUUUAAUGUUGUUUCCUGUGAACUUAGUUCAGGCACGUUUGAAUCCAGAAUUGACCUUUGGGCUUAAAAACAAGGGGAUUUGGUAUAGGUUUGGGGUUGACAACAGGGAGUUUGAAGGGUGUGGGGGAAGGAAGCAGCUUGUGAAAGGAUCUUUAUCUGCCUACCCCAUCUGGUAUGGUGGCUAUGUCUUAUGUAGAUAUGAACAGAUACAGCACACACUUAGCAGAGCCUUUUCAUCAGCUAUCAUUCUAAAUCUAAUCAUUAGCGGUUUGUUGUAGAGAAGUUCAAAGCUGCCACCUGAGGAAAAAAAUCACUAAGGUCUCAAGGUUCUUAAUGUCACUCACCCAAGUUACUUAGACCAGAUUAUUUUACAGCCUCGCUGAAUGGUUUUGCUUCUCAGUUUCUUUAGUAUUCAGAAUGCUUUAUCUUUGACAGAUUUGUGUGUGUGUGUGUAUGUGUGUAUGUAAGUGGAAAAAUUAUCAUCGGCUCGAUUCCUGGAUCAGGUAUGUGCGAAUGUACUUAGUGGAAUUUCAAAGUCUAAUAUGAAAAAAAAGGCAUACAUUUUGCUUUUAAAGAAAGAUACCCUUUUCUAUGAUUAGGGUUAUUUCUAAUCAAGCAAGGUUGUAAGUGGCAAGAGGUUUAAUAUUCUUGAAAAUGUGUAUCUGACUAGUGAUAACCUAUUACUCUCAGAUUUCUCUGGCUAAAAACAUGGGCUUUAAAGAUAAAGAGUGAGCUCUGUCAUGAUUCACUGUUGUAGAAUUUGCAUGACCUUUACUGUGUUAGCUUUUUGAAUGUCUUGAAGUUUUAGACUUGCAAUCUACUACUCAGCUGUAUUUUUGUAAACAAGUGUCAGGCCCUCAUAAUUGUAUACAGUCAGUGUAUGUAACAAUGUGGAGAUUCCUUAUCUGAUUCAAUAAAAUGCUUGAAUACCCAAAGA